CAAUCAUCAGAGAAGCUUGGGGGCAGACCUCCUAACUUUCAGGCCAUGGAACACUUCCGUGAUUUCAUCGAUGCGGCAGGACUGCUGGACGUGGGAUUUAAGGGUCCACCCUUCACUUGGUCUAACCGCCAAGGGAUGGCUACUCAUAUUCUCGAACGGCUAGACAGAGGCUUGGUUUCCCCUAAUCUGUUGUCUUUGUGGCCAAAUUUGCAGGUCACUCACCUCUCUGACUUAGGAUCGGAUCACCGAAUCCUUCUAUUCCAACUUACUCCAACAGCGGGAAAGGGCAAGCCAAGAUUCCACUUCGAUCUUCGCUGGGCUGGUAAUAGUGAUGCUCGGGAGAUUGUAGCUCAAGUGUGGCAGCUCAGUUUCACGGGGACACUCCAGUUUCAGCUGUUCUCCUUAUGUAAAGAGGUCCGCCAUCAAUUUGUUCAAUGGGCAAGGCUUGGCUCUACAAACUCAGCGCGGCAAAUCAGAGAGCUGCGGGAAGCAAUCCACUCUGAACGUGACAACCUGCCGACGGAUUGGGAUGUCAUCAAAGGGUUGGAAUCCCAACUCUCUGCUGCCUAUUUACAAGAAGAGGCCUAUUGGAAGCAAAAAUCUCGGACAACCUGGUUGCAAAAGGGGGAUUCCAACACCAAUUAUUUUCAUAUCACUACCACUCAGCGCCGCCGACAUAAUUUGAUUGAGGUUCUUCGUGAUGACUCUGGCACCCCCCAUUUCGAUGAGAGUGCAAAGGGGACUGUUUCUGUGGGGUUCUUCCAGAACCUAUUCCUUUCAAAUGGGACUUCACCAAGCUUCCUUGUGCAUGCACUGGGCCUUCAACACAAGGUCACUUCUAGCCAAAACAACUUCCUAUCAGCUCCUGUGACCCGUGAGGAAAUCAGAGCGGCUGCUUUCAGUAUAGGAAAGGGACAAGCGCCGGGUUCCGAUGGCCUGACCGGGGGAUUCUUUCAGGCCUAUUGGGACAUCGUGGGAGAAUCGGUUUGCAGGGCAGCCCUCUCCUUCUUCAGAACGGGACGACUACUGCAGAACUUCAGUCACACUAUCAUCACUUUGAUACCGAAGGUGGCAAAUGCAGAAUUUAUGCGCCAGAUGCGACCCAUUAGCCUCUGCCAGGUGUUCUACAAGAUUAUCUCCAAAGUUCUUACUUCUCGCCUUGCUGUGGUUCUUCCCUUUGUGAUCUCUGAUACCCAGAACGGUUUCAUCAAAGGUCGAGAUAUAUCUGACAACAUUCUUAUAGCCCAAGAAGUGAUGCAAUUUUUAAAAACGAAGACACAGGGACGGGACAGAUGGAUGGCCUUAAAGCUCGACAUGGAGAAAGCGUACGACCGGGUUGAAUGGGGUUUCCUUUUCGCAGUCAUGGAAGCUUUGGGGUUUAACGAUCAUUGGAUGAAAUGGAUUAAAGCCUGUGUCACUUCAGUCUCAUUCACAGUCCUCCUCAAUGGUAAUGAGCAUGGGUACUUUCGGCCCCAACGUGGUCUUCGGCAAGGCGAUCCCCUUUCGCCUCUACUGUUUGCUAUCUACACUGAGGCCUUCUCGGCUAUUCUCCUUAAUGCUCUGGGCUCUCAACAGCUGCAUGGCCUAAAGAUUCACCGAUUGGCUCCUACGCUUUCACACCUUUUCUUCGCCGAUGACACUUAUCUGUUCUUGCGGGCAACUUCAUCGGAAUGCCAUAAUCUGCUGCAUUUGCUACAUCAGUAUGAAGAAUUUAGUGGGCAGCGGAUAAACCUGCAGAAGUCUUCGGUUUGUUUCAGCUCGAACACGUCCGAGCAAGAUUCAGUGGCCCUGGCGGAAUUACUUGGGAUCGCUUCCAUUGGCUCUAUGGAGAAAUACUUGGGUUUACCGGCUCAAAGCUGGCGUUCGAAGUCCCUCUCAUUAGCUGCUAAGGAGGUUGUAAUCAAAGCUGUAGGUUCGGCGACUCCGGUGUAUGCUAUGUUCUCCUUCCGAAUCCCUUCUACCUCUUGCCGUCGAUUGAAUAGUCAAUUGAGUCGGUAUUGGUGGGCUGGUCAGGAUAAAGACAGGGGAAUGCACUGGAUUUCAUGGCCAGUAGUUUGUGUAAGCAAGUUUCAUGGAGGGUUGGGGUUCCGAGAUUUCGAUCUGUUUAAUGUAGCCAUGCUCGCGAAGCAGGCUUGGAAAAUCUUGCAGGACCCAAAUUCUCUCCUUGCUCGCCUCUACAAAGCUCGUUACCAUCCUUCUUCGGACUUCCUCAGCGCUCCGGCAGGUUGUCGGCCCUCGUGGGCUUGGCAGGGAGUUUUAGAAGGGCGGGGGCUUCUUAAGAGAGGUUUGCGGUGGCAGGUAGGGUGUGGAACUGCUAUCCGCAUCCUCGAAGACCCGUGGCUGCCUUCUUCACCUCCGUCCGUGCCUCUGCUGCUGCCUGGGAUUAUUUUGGAGAAUCAGUUCGUCGCAUCCCUUAUCCAUCCUCUCACCCGAACUUGGAAUGGCGAGCUGCUUCGUGCUUCGUUUACUGCAGAAAGUGUCCAAUGGAUCCUUUCUAUUCCUUUGCCAUCCUCUCCUCGGCCAGACAAGCUUAUUUGGCAUUACUCGGCGACUGGGCAAUAUACUGUAAAGACUGGCUACCAGCUGCUCUCAUCUGCCCGCCAUCUUGAGUUUGAUCCCCUGCCUCCAUUUCUAACUUCUCAGUUCUGGAAAGUUUUAUGGAACUUGCCGAUUCCUCCUAAACUCAAAGUUUUCCUGUGGCGUGUAGUUCGCGGAUUCCUCCCAAUGCGCCAGAUACUACAAGGGAAGUCUUUAAGUGACACCAGCACUUGUCCUGUUUGUUCAGCUGCCGUGGAAACCAUUUCUCACUGCUUCUUUGAUUGCAGGGUCGCUCGAGGGAUAUGGACACUAGCUGGGAAGGAACACGUCCGUGCAGCCAUGGCUGUUGUUAGUAAUGAUAUGGCGUGGUAUAAUCUGUUUUUCAAUAUGCAGCUUUCCAAAGUUGACAUGGCAGAAGUUGUUUUCCUUGUCUGGAGGGUAUGGAAAGGGAGAUGCUGGACCACAUACGACAAUAUUCAAUACUUGCCUGGGCCACUGUUCCGCCAAUUCACAAUCCAGGUUGCGGAGUGGAAGGAAGCGACGGCUGGUUCCAGCGCCCAGCCCCCUUCAUUGCGAGUUCCUCGCUGCACAGCCCCCUCGCCUAAUUGUCCACCAGGUGGUCUCCUCAUCCGUUUUGAUGGGGCGACAAAAAAAGGCGUAGGUGGAAGCAUUGGGUUUGUAGGUUUCAAUGGAGAUCGGGCGGUAGUAUGUGCCUACGGUAAGUACUAUGAAGGUAUCUCAGACCCGUUUUUGCUUGAACUAUUGGCCUUACGGGAUGCAAUGGUUUGGAGCUUACACUGUGGCUACUCUUCUGUUUGCUUUUGUGGGGACUCGCAAUUGGUCGUACGACGAGCGAUGGAGGAUGAUGUCUACCAUGAUCUUGGUGGUGCUGUACUCGAAGAAGUGCGCGUCCUGAAGGCCUCGUUUGCUUUUGUUUCUGUCGUUUUUGCUCCUCGUAGUACUAACAGGGCUGCCCAUCGCGUGGCACGAACGGCCCUUGCAUCGGUAGCGACCCGGUUGGUCGACUACCGCAUUUAUAUUUCCACUGCACUGUAAUGAACUAUCUAUUACGAACUAUCUAUGACAAAAAAAAACAAUCUUUUGGGGGAUGGAUUCAUAGGUUUGCUGAUAAAAAAGCCCAGCCCGUUGGCAAAAGAUGAGUCCAUAGCUAUAGACAACAAUAAGGCCCAAUGUCUAAA